UGCAGAAGCCUCCACAGAAGGCAGCAUGUCCCCUUCGCUCCUCACGGCUGAGCUGGUAGUUCUGAGCCUAGUGACUUCUGUGAAGAGCCAGGAGACAGAUCCCCUACGUGGCUCCAAGGACCAGCCACUGUUUCGGGGAGCUGAUCGGAAUGACUUUGCCAUCAUGGUCUCUCCAGGAGCCACGGAAUGUUUCUGGCAAUUUGCUGACCAGAUGGGAUACCUCUACUUCAGCUACGAGGUUCAACGCAUUCUCGGGAUGUCACAUGACCGCCACAUUGUUGCCACGGCAAGUACCCCACAGGGUUUCCUUAUUGAUACUUCCCAGGAUGUACGGGGCCAGAUUAAUUUUGCUACACAAGAAACAGGCUUCUAUCAGCUUUGUCUAAAAAAUGAGCACAAUCGCUUCAGCUCUAUCCAAGUGUAUCUCAACUUCGGAGUCUUCUAUGAGGGGCCCGAGGUGGAUGACAAGCAGAGUCGAAGAAAGCAGCUGAAUGACACUCUGGAUGCGAUUGAGGACAGCACACAAAGGGUGCAGAACCAAGUUUUCCACAUGUGGCGCUUCUACAACUCUGCCAGGAUGAGGAAGGUGGCCGACUUCUUCCUUCUGCAAUCUAACUACACCUAUGUGAACUGGUGGUCCACAGCUCAGAGCCUUGCUAUCAUCCUCUCUGGGGCCCUCCAGCUCUAUUUCUUGAAACGACUUUUUACUGCUUCAACUUCUGACACAAAGAAGCCAAGAUGCUAACAUAUAGCGUAUUUGUCAAAGCUUUGAUCAAAUCGGCUUUGGAAAGUUAUUGGGGGAAAAAAAGUCAAUCUACAUCCCCUUUCUCUUGUGUCCAUCAAUAAAGGCAAAUGUGUAA